UUUGACAUUUCAGAGAGUGACAGCUCAGUUAUUUCGCUCGCUUUUUUGAUAGCACGCUUCAUUUCAUUUUCAUCAUUUCAUUUUCAUAAUCUCAUUUAAUUUUCUAUAUUUAAUUUGCCAUUUGAUAAAUAAUCCGAAUAAACACAAUGAAUGAUGAAAAAUUAAUAGAAGAAGUGCGGGCGCGUGAAAUUUUAUAUAACAAGGCCUGCGUAGGCUACCGAGUGCCGAGCCGGAAGAGGGACGCGUGGGUAAGCGUGGCGAAGGAGCUAGGUGCUACUGAAGAGCAGUGCUCGAAGAGGUGGCUGACUCUAAGGGAAAGAUUCAGUAGGGAGGUAAGGAAAAUGGAGGCACCAUCAGGAAGUGGGGCGAGUAACGCCGAAACCUGGCCAUUGUUCGAUAAUAUGAGCUUUUUAAAACAAUAUAUACAGCCCAGACCAAAUCGUUGCACCACAAACAUUUUAGAUGAUAUGUUUUCGCAGGAGCUGUUGGAGCCAAUUAGUUUUGAAUGUUCUCAGACUAAUUUAUCAUCGCCUUCGGAGUUGUCGUUUUCAACUCCGAUCCGGAAAAGAGUAAAGAAAACAAACAGCGAUGACGACGGCUGCUUCAAAGAAGCGUGCGAGCUAUACAAAAGCAUGUGUGCAGAGAGGAGCAAAGGCAGCGAGGCGGUGGUCGUUUGGUGUUAUGUUGACCUCUAUCAUGAACGAUAA